AUGGCCAUGAAAUCAAAAUAUGCAGGUCCUAUUACUGUCGAUUCGGAGGAUGAUGACUACACCAUAUGUAGUUCAUCCAGUACCAGUGGGUACGUGAGUGAUACAACGACAUUCGCAACUACCAUAUUCGAUUACAAGUACGAAAAUGGUCGCAGAUACCACUCGUAUAGAGAAGGCGCCUAUUGGGCGCCCAACGAUACCCAACAAAACGAUCAGCUUAAUCUAUUCCAUCAAGUUUAUACCUUGGUACUACAAGGCGAGCUCUACGAUGCACCCCUCACUAAAGACGUAAAAAGUAUCCUCGAUGUUGGCACCGGCACCGGGAUCUGGGCUAUUGAAAUGUCGAAUAAGUUUCCCUGUGCAAGAAUUGUAGGGAAUGAUUUAUCGCCUACACAGCCAUCAUGGGUCCCGUCAAAUGUUGAAUUUGAGGUGGACGACAUCACGCAAGACUGGACUCAUCCUCCUUGUAGCUUUGACUUUAUACACGCCCGCGCCCUCGCUGGCUCUAUUCCCUGUUGGCCUACGUUCCUCUCCCGCGCCUGUCGCACCCUCUCGCCUGGUGGUUGGUUCGAGUCCGUCGAAACCACACUAGAGCAGCUCAGUGACGACAACUCUGUACCACCCGAAUCUGCCGUGGCAGAAUGGUAUCGGCUACUCUCCGAGUCUGGGGAAACGGUUGGUAAAACAUUCGAUACAACGAAUAUAAGCACUUGGAUGGAGGAGCAGGGGUUCGUGAACGUAUCACAAAGAGUUUUUAAAAUCCCUACAGCGCCGUGGCCGGUCCUCCCGGCGUUGAAGGAGAUUGGGAAACAAAAUCUAGCAAACUUGUUGGAGGGUAUGGAAGGAUUUUCGUUGGCGCUAUUCACGAGGGUUUUGGAGUGGGAUACUGCGGAUGUUGAUGCGUUGCUGGCGAGAGUGAGGUCGGAGUUUUUGGAUAGGAAGGUGCAUUCAUAUUAUCGGAUGUUUGUGGUUAUCGGCCAGAAGCCAGAAGACGCAGCUGCGUCAGAGAAGACAGCUGGGAAUCCUGUUAAAUUCACAAAUGAGGCUGGUCCGAGCUCGUAA